GAGACCGCGGUGAUGGGGUUGCAGAAAUUCCACAAGCCUCUUGCCACCUUCUUCUUUGCAAACCACACAAUCCAGAUCCGGCAGGACUGGAGGCAGCUUGGAGUCGCUGCGGUGGUUUGGGAUGCGGUAAGCAUGCUCUGGGGACCUCUGAAAACAUCCACGCUUGAUAAUAAGACUGGUUCAUAGAUUAUUUUAAAAAACAAAAAAGAGCUUUAUUGAUAGAUCGUUCACAUACCAUACAUUUCACCCGUUUAAAAUGUACCAAACCAAACCAAACCCGCUGCCGUCGAGUAGAUUCCGACUCAUAGAGACCCUAUAGGACAGAGUAGGACUGCUCCAUAGGGUUUCCAGGGAGCACCUGCUGGAUUUGAACUGCCAACCUUUUGGUUACCAGCCAAGCUCUUUAAAACAUACAGUUCAGUGGUAUUUAGUAUAUUCACAAGAGUUGUGCAGCUAUCACCGCAAUCCAUUUUAAAACACUUCAUCACUUCCUCCUAAAAAAACAUACCCACUAGGAGUCACUCCCCUUGUCCCCCACCAUGGUAUUUUAAGGGUGAGUGAAUGAAAGCUGAGGGAGGUUAAAUGACCUGCCAGGGUGAGGGGGCAGUGGAAAGAAAGCAGGAGACUGCUUUUGACAACCAUUAACCUUGUCUUUUUUAAAAAUUGCACAAAGAAUAUUGUAAGGUGAUAAUUCCGCAAAUAAAGAUCAUGUGUUUUCGUUAACGUUUUCCAUAGUUGUAACCAUGGCACAAUUAUAAUUGUGUUUUUACUUCUUUCUCUUGAAGCACUGUUACUGGAUUGAGGACAGUGGUGUGUGUCCUCAGCAUCUAGCCCCACACCUGGGACUCAGUGGGAGCUCAGUUGAUGUUGAAUAAAUGAUUGGCAUCUGUUCUAUUUUACAUUAUUAACAGUGUAUUAGGAAUCUUAUGUAAACAUUUAGGAAUAAAAAUGUUAAUGUAUUCUAACCCUGUAAUAUCACUUCUAGGAAUCUGGUCCAAGGUAACUACAUGAAAGGUAUUCAUGUAAAGAGUUAUAAGGAUAAAUAAUGGUGAGGAAUGCUCACCAAGAAGAGGAAUUGGAAUAUUAUAUGGCCACGAACGACAAAUUAUAUUAAAAAUUAUGUUAACGGUACAAUUCUUUUAUAGACUUAUAAGCAAGUGCUUACUCACACAUCAGGUGUCCAAAUUUUUGGCUAAAAUUUAUCUUCUGAUGCUCAAAAUAUAUGGUGAGAGCUCCCAUGGGGCACGGAUCGCACUGGGACACGAGAGGGAGAGGGAGGUACAAAGUUCUGGGACCCUUAGGCACUGCUCUGCUUUUUUCCCCUGGGUGAGGAUGUGGCCUGGCUGACCUGAGCUUGGUUUAGGAACUGGAUGUUCCCUUAAACAGAAUCACAGAUUGUUCAUGUUAGUUCUUCCAGAAUAGUUUUAUAAGCCUCAAGUGUAAAAGGACUGUGACACAGCAUGAAAUUAAACUCCCCAGAGUCAGCAAGCCCCGUCUUACGUAGACAGUGUUACUGAGCACUGCUGUCCCUGUUAGGGACUUUGGCAGAGACUGGGGAAGUUGUGUUGUGGUAUGCCAUAUCUGUGCUCUUGCAGAUCACCUCGAAGCAGCAGCUAAGGUCCUGUGUAUGGUUAAAUUGGAAAUUGAACCUCACAGUGGAGGGCGUCUGUGUGUAUGCAUGUGUGUGUCUGGGGUCUCUUCCUGCCAGUGCGUAGCCUACCUAAACCCUGUAGCCUGUAAAGCACAUGUUGACCUUAAUCACAAUCACACUUGUGUUUUGACUCAGGCCAUUGUUCUUUCUGCAUAUCUGGAGAUGGGAGCUGUGGAGCUCAGGGGCUGUUCUGCGGUGGAGCUGGGUGCCGGCACGGGGCUGGUGGGCAUAGUGGCUGCCCUGCUGGGUGCUCAUGUGACUAUCACGGAUCAAAAAGUAGCAUUAGAAUUUCUUAAAUCAAAUGUUCAAGCCAACUUACCUCCCCAUAUCCAACCCAAAGCUGUUGUUAAGGAGCUGACUUGGGGACAGAAUUUGAGGAGUUUUUUACCUGCAGAAUUUGACCUGAUACUUGGAGCUGAUAUCAUAUAUUUAGAAGAAACGUUUACAGAUCUUCUUCAAACACUGGAAUAUCUCUGUAGUGACCAUUCCGUGAUUCUGCUAGCUUGCCGAAUUCGUUACGAACGGGAUAACAACUUCUUAGCAAUGCUGGAGAGACAGUUUACUGUGAGUAAGGUUCACUAUGAUCCUGGAAAAGAUGUACAUAUUUACAAAGCCCAGAGGAAAAACCAGAGGGAGGACUUGUAGUUGAGUAUAAUUUAUAAGACUGUUGUCAUUGAGUGUGUCAAUUAAGGUCUUAGACUGGAAAUCGAGCCAUAUUUAAUUAAGUGGCUUACUGUACAAAAAUUCAGAUCAAUAGGUUCUCAAGGGACAAAACGUAUGUACACUUUUAAAACAAACCGUACUUUGUCCCAUUACUGUGACGUUUUAGUCAUAUUUAAUUCACUUUGAAAUUCAAUAAAUGUUAAAGGAAAGUGUGAGGGUUUGGUUUAUGUUGUUUCCCUAUCCCAUGCUACUCCCUCUUGAUAAAUAGUUUUCAUUGAUGCUAUGAUAAAAGACUGGUGUAAAGUUGUCUUCAAACCAGUGUUUUGGUGAGGCUAAAUUGUGCAAAUUACUUUAAAACAUGUUCUGAGAUAUGUAAUGUUUAACCCAGUUUUCUGAUUUUCCAAAUAUGAAACGAGGUUUAAUGUGCCUUCCUGGAGCUGUUAAGGCUACUGAAAUGUCUGCCUUAUUUAGGUCUAAAUACUUUUGAUUGUUUGAGAUUAGGACAUGAGUUUGCCAGGGUCUCAUGUUUUAUGGCUUAAUUUCAGGUUUAAGUAUAUAAACAAAGGAAUAAGCAAAAAUAAAAUUUUAGUUACUUUUUGAAAAGCACCCAAAAUUUGGGAUCUGCAUGUGCUGGGAAUAGGUUAACUACUUCUUGUUUUUUUUUUUAAUUGUACUUUAGAUGAAGGUUUACAGAGCAAAUUAGUUUCUCAUUAAACGAUUAAUACACAUACUGUUUUGUGACAUUGGUUGCCAACCCCACAACAUGUC